AUGGAUUCAUGGAUGGGGCUCGCUUCGCAUCCAGCGGCUUCGGGGAGAGGAAAUUAUGAUAAAGCCGAAUCUCCCUCUUUCGUUGGUGAUCGACCCUUAUUCCAUCCUUCUCCUCCCCCCUGCGGUCGCCAUGUCCCAAUGUCCUCGUGGACUUGGUCUCUCUCCAGCGCUCGUCGGACGCGGUUGAGCCGUUCGGCCUUUCCCCUGGCCACCGUCGGCGCGGUUCUCAGUCUCCUCUACCUUUUCUACCUCUUCGUCGUGCCCCAGCUGUUCCGGUUUCGCUUCCGCCUCGGCCUGAGCUGGUACGAUCUCGGUCUGUACGGAUUCGGCCCAUCCCAGAGCUAUGUCUCCUUUGGCUUCGACUCGCCUCGAGUGCAAAUCUCCCAAUGGGACGCCGGUUGCGAUCCCCGAUACACUUUUCUGGCCCCGCGAGGCGACUCCGUCGCCCAGCCGGGGCCCAUGAUCCUCGACGCCGACGGGAACCUCGUUUGGAUGAAACAUAACUGGGAGACCACCCAGGAUUUCAAGGUCCAGCGUUAUCAGGGCCAGGACUACCUCACCUACUGGGAAGGUAGCGAAGUCGGCAGCCGAGGGUAUGGUGCGUGGUAUAUGCUCGAUUCCACCUAUACCCAGCGCUAUGAGAUCGUGCCGGUCGGCAAUUAUGGCGGCGAUCUUCACGAAUUUCACAUCACCCCCGACGGCACCGCUCUGGUGUCCGUCUACGACCCAACUCCGGCCGAUCUGACCCCCGUGGGAGGGCCCGCCCUGGGCUGGAUCUUCGACGGUGUCUUCCAGGAAAUCGACAUCGCGACGGGCGAGCUUCUCUUCGAAUGGCGUGCGUCCAAACACUACCCGGUCAACAGCACGUACGAGCCUCUCGGUCGCACGGGUCGCACGCGCGAAUCGGCCUUUGACUACUACCACAUCAACAGCGUGGACAAAGACCAUGAUGGCAACUAUAUCGUGUCGGGGCGACACGCCCACGCCGUGAGCUGUAUUGAUCGCAACACGGGGGCCGUGCUGUGGACACUAGGCGGGAAACUGAACGAGUUCAAGGACCAGUCGGACGGUGCGGCGACCAAUUUCGCCUGGCAGCAUGACGCGCGCUGGUACGCGAACAGCACGCUGACCUUGUUCGACAACGCGGCGCACUCUAAUGAGGACGUCGGCGAGAGCCGCGGCGUCGUCAUCGAUCUGGAUGUUCCCGGGCGACAGGCAACGCUACGCGCGGCCUACUACCACCCGCAGCAGAUGAAGUCUGUUUCUCAGGGUAACGUGCAGCUCCUGGCGCCGGAUGGAGGUCGCGCGCUGGUCGGCUGGGGCCAUAGUGCCGCUUAUACCGAGUACACGGCGGACGGACAGCUGCUGUGCGACGUGCAUUUCGGGGCAUCGGCCUUCUUCACCUUCGGGCGCGUGGUAUCGUACCGUACGUUCAAGGAUAGCUGGGUGGGCUACCCGCAAAAUCCGCCCGACGCGGCGGUCGUGGGCGACCGAGUCUAUGUAAGCUGGAACGGCGCGACGGAGGUUGUCGCCUGGCGUCUGGAGGUGUGGGACUCGGAAGAUUUCGACAACGAGACGGCGUUCGAGGUGGUGGCGCAGUUCGCAAAGACCGGGUUUGAGACGGAGAUCGAGAUACCCGAGGAUCUCGACAGUCCGCUGUUCCGCAUCGCGGCCCUCGAUGGGGAUGGGGAGUCCCUUGGCGUGACGGAUGUGUUGCAGCGCGAAGCGGAGAUGGAUUCCACCGAGCUGCUGAAUCUGCACAAUUGGAUCCUCGCCAUCGCCUUCGUCAUGGCCGGUGGUGGCCUCAUCGCCGGACUGUAUCGGUGCUGCCACUGCUGUCGGUGUUUCCGUCGGUGUCGCUCUCGCUCCAACGCGUAUCAAUUGGUUCCGCUGAGCGAGGAGGAUCGGGCGUCGUCGCCGGUGUGA